CCUCUCAAUUUCGUAAACAACACUGGUGCCACGAGAAGGCAGUUAGUAGGACUUCCGUGGUAGAAGCUAUAUACGCGUGGCUAUAUGAGAACAUUUCAAGAGGUAGGGCGGACUUUCCCCACUCUCGGCUGUACCAGGGCAUUUGGGGGCAUGUUAUUAAGUGGGGCAAAGUUAUUUGUAAUGACUAGAAGUGUUUUAUUUUAUCUUCUAAUUGAUAUCCUGAAUAUCUCUAGUCAACUGUUGAAUGAAGACGUGUUAUCCAUAUGAAAUGGCUAAUCUUGUGAAUUGUGUAUCUUGUUUUCGUUUGUGUUCUCAAAAUCUAAAGGUUCACUCUACAUCAGAAGGAAUGAUGGUUAAAGAUAAGAAUCGUCCUAAACCACCGAUGACACCAUAUGCAUGUUUCGUGCAAGUAAUACGUGAGGAGCAUCGAAAAAAACAUCCAACAGAGAAUGUUAUUUUCAGUGAAUUUUCUAAGAAGUGCGCAGAAAAGUGGAAGCUCAUGAAUAUGGAACAACGAAAGUGUUUCGAGGAAAUGGCAAAAUUAGAUACGGAGAGAUUCAAUCGGGAAAUGGCUCAUUAUAUACCACCAGUUGGAAUGAAGCGAGGUCGUAGACGGCGACGUAUCAAAGAUCCAAGUAUGCCUAAACGUUCAUGGUCUGCAUUUUUCUUCUUUUGCGAUGCAUUUCGAUCAAAGAUUCGUAGUGAGCACCCCGAUUGGAAGGUUAGUGAUAUCGCCAAGGAGUUAGGUAGACGAUGGGAAGAGUGUUCCGAUAAAGAGAAAUACGAAAGACGCGCACAGAAUGAUAAAUUGCGUUAUGAACAAGAUAUGGAAAAAUACAAAGCUGGAUUGUAUGUAGCGACCAAACGUGCUCGAGUUAGUGAUCAGACGAAAUCAAACGAGAUACUAUCAUGCUUACACAAUCAGUCACAUCAUAAGGAGUUGGGUGAGGCAAGUCAAAUUUCAAGUGAUGAAGUAGGACGAGGUGAUGGAGACGAUGAUGAUGGAGAUGAAGAUGAUGUCGAUGAUGAUGAUGAUGACGACGACGAUGAAGAAGAAGAGGAAGAGGGUGAUGGAGCAGAACAAGAUGAUGAAGAUAAUGAACAACAACAACAACAACAGUCAAACAGAUCUAACACUCAUGAAAUGCCUGUUGGUAGUGAUCAUAAAACACCAGAACAAAUUGUCUCCACUGAUACAAGUGGUAUUAUUAUAAACACAGGAAAUUAGAAUAUAUUAUUUGUUUAUGUAAAUGUUUCUCUCUUACUCUUUAUCAUUUCAUAUAUUAUUUAAAACAUAUAUUUAUCAUUGAUUCUUUGCUGAUCAUUUUUUCUUCUUCUUUUCUAUAUUGAUGGACUCAACAGAUCCAUCAAUACAAGUGCAUUUAUUCUUUUCCCAUUACUAACUCUCAUUUAUUUUAUACUUUAUACAUGUUUUUGUUUUUCCUUAGUUUUAUAUCGAUAGAUGAUUUUUUUUAAGUGAUGUCGUGUGGACGAAACACGAAACACCUCAAUCGCCAAUAUAUACAUUAUACCUCUACUCAUUUCUUACAUCGCUUUGUUUUUAUAUAUUAAUUUUUAAUUUUAAUUUCACUAUAUGGUUGUCAGGUUAAGUUCUAAUGGUACCAUUUAUCAUAGCAACUAUAAUGAUCAUUAUUAUUUGACUCCUUAGAUUUUCAUUAAUUUUGCUUUGUUUUGUUAGGCAUUUAACUUUCAUCUAAUUAAUGAAUAUGCAAUUGAUUUAUUAUGAUUGUUAAGAUAGAUAUUUGUGAAUAAUAAUUAAGUUUUCUGUAUUUAGUUAGUUGAAAAAUGUAUCGCUUUUGAUGAUAGUAUCUAUAUGAAAAUGUGUAACUUUUAUAGUCAAGUACAGCUUUUUAUGUUAAUUAAUAAACUAUAUGUAUGAUGUCCAAGCAAGUAAAAUAUAUUCGGGGUUUUUCAAGUUGUUA